GGGGAGGAGGCGGCCACUCUGUAGCAGCAGGUUUGUGAGCGCAGAAGCUGGAGGAGGAAUCAGAGCGAAAGAAACAGUGUGGCUGCAGUGAGGAAGGAGAGACACAUACAGAGAGAGAAGGACAGAGAGAACGGCCUCACCUUUUUGUUGACCCAUGAAAGAAGCCAUGCCGGUCCUCUCAGCAGGCACAGGCCUGCACGAGACUCUGGCCCUGUUGACGUCCCAGCUGCGUCCUGAUGCCAACCACAAGGAGGACAUGGUCUUCCUCAAAGAUGUCUUCAGUGAGAAGAGCCUGGGCUACCUCAUGAAGAUCCAUGAGAAGCUGAGACAGUACGAGCGCCAGAGUCCUACACCUGUCCUUCACAGCGCCGCCUCUUUGGCUGAGGAUGUGGCAGAGGAGCUGCAGAGUGGACCAAUGAGUGUUGAGGAGAAGGAACUCCUACAGCUGUUGACGUCCCCCCAUCUCAAGGCAGUUUUGUCCGUUCAUGACACGGUUGCUCAGAAGAACUUUGACCCCGUGUUGCCACCGCUGCCUGACGACUUCGAGGACGAGCUGGAGGAGGAGUCAGUGAAGAUCGUCAGACUGGUCAAGAACAAGGAACCACUGGGGGCCACCAUCAGACGGGAUGAGACCACAGGGUCUGUGAUCGUGGCCCGCAUCAUGAGAGGCGGGGCUGCAGACCGGAGUGGACUGGUCCAUGUAGGAGACGAGCUACGGGAAGUCAACGGCAUCUCCAUCAUUCACAAAAGACCUGAUGAGAUCAGUCAGCUUCUGUCCCAGUCUCAGGGCUCCAUCACCCUGAAGAUAAUCCCAGCCGUUAAGGAGGAGGACCAUCUGAAGGAGAGCAAGGUCUACAUGAGGGCCCUGUUUGACUACAUCCCUGCUGAUGACAAGGCCACGCCCUGUCAGGAGGCGGGACUUCCCUUCAAGCGAGGUGACAUCCUGCAGGUGGUAACCCAGGACGACCCCACCUGGUGGCAGGCCAAACGGGUGGGUGACAGCAACCUCCGUGCUGGACUCAUUCCCUCCAAACUCUUCCAGGAGAGACGGCUGGCUUACCGGAUAAAAAUGGGCACACUUCCGAACCCUAAAUCCCCUAAAAAUCCGACCUAUGACCAGGGAUGUGACAAAGAGGACUGUGAUUGUGAGGGCUAUUUCAAUGGACAGUACAUAGUCUCUCCUAAGUGUAAAGCAGUGGCGCCCUCCUGUGGCCAGGUGUUUUCCUGGGAAUUUUAUUCAGCGGGUCUGAGGAGGAGUUUCCGUCUGAGCCGAAAGGACCGGUCAGGAUCGCUCGGAGGAGGGGCCACGCGCGACCCCACCGAUCCAGACUUUGCCACCUACGAGGAGGUGACUCGCUACCAGCACCGGCCCAACGAGAGACCCCGCCUGGUGGUUCUGAUAGGCUCCCUAGGAGCUCGUAUCAAUGAGCUGAAGCAGAAGGUGAUAGCAGAGAACCCGCAUCGCUAUGCUGUGGCCGUACCGCAUACCACCAGGCCCAAGAAGCCUCAUGAGAAGGAGGGGGUGGAGUACCACUUUGUCACCAAACAGGCGUUUGACGCGGACGCUCUGAGCAACAAGUUCAUAGAGCAUGGGGAGUACAAGGAGAACCAGUAUGGUACCAGUAUAGAGGCCAUCCGCUCUGUACAGGCCAAGAAUAAGAUGUGCCUAGUGGACGUGCAGCCAGAGGCUUUGAAGACACUGCGGACAUCUGAGUUCAAGCCCUAUGUCAUCUUCGUCAAGCCGCGCGUCCCGGAGAGCAGACGCCGUCGUAGUGCUGCCACCUCACCAGCAGGGGGAGAUCAUGGGCGAGUGACGGAUGAGGACCUGCAGGAAAUGCGUCAGUCAGCCCAGCAGAUGGACCAGCAGUACGGCCACCUGGUCGACCGGGUCCUAAUAAAGGAGGACUCAGCCAGCGCCUGCACAGAACUCCGAGGCAUUCUGGAGCGGCUGGAGCGUGAGACCUUCUGGGUGCCCCUCUGCUGGGUGCGAACCUAACCCCCCUUUCCCCAACCACCACUCUCCAGAAGGGGGAUCACAGCCCCCAGCCCUUCUUCCAGCAGGAACCCUAUCCUACCCCCUCAUCCCUUUCCUGAUCUCCUGGAUCCCUUACCCUUGGCUCCAUGGGCCAGCUUGUGGGGUGUGGAAGAUACUGCCCCAAAACCUGUCCUGAUACGUGAUGCUGGGCCAGCCGCACACUGGCACUAUGGGAGAAGGGCAGGCGGCAAAACCCUUUGGAACAUUUCUGUGUUUGAGAUGUUCAGAGGGAAAGACUGUUGUCCUGGCUGCCCCCCCACACACACACCCGACCCACCCACACACACACAUGUACAGUACAUGCAAUCCAUUGAUCAAAUUCAGGUUUUUCAGAUAUUUCUUAAUUUUUAUUUUGUAUUAUUUAUGUCACUCAGCCAGUCAAUCAGUCAGUCAGCCAGUCAAUCAGUCAGCCAGUCAGACAAACAUACAGACAUCUUUAUUGUGGCUCCAUGUGGAGUAUCAUCUGUAGCUUUCUAUGGCCUGCAGUGUUGAGUACUUGAGUUUCUCUUAACACAAUAAUACAUGUAUAUGCCAUUUGAACACACAUUUUUAUCCAAAGUGACUUCAAGUCAAAAAAUGGAUACAGGAAUCCUGCAGGAAAUCCUACACAAUUCCUUCACAAAGACAACAUGACUGUUUUGUAAGGUUUCCUCACUUAGUGUUCCCUUGUCUAUUUCCGUUGCUCGUUGAUACAAUGCAUUCUGAGUGAGACCUAUAGCCAUUGUUAUGUUAUUGAAAUGUUAUCCAAAAUCCAAUCCACCUGCUUCCAUUAUACAUUAUACAUAGUAUUACUAACCAACACACUCUGUAAAUAGUACAGUAGAAUAGAUGUAACGGUACAGAAAUAUGGAAUGUGAAAUAGAAUAUUAUUUCAUAAUGCUUUUUUUUAAUCAAUUAUUUUAUGACUUGGAUGUGUUUUAAGGAAGUGCACGACAGUGGAAUUAUUUAAUCGCAGAUGUAAAUAUUGCACAUGCAAAUCCUACCGUGCCAACGAACGAGCUCAUAGCACUUCAAUGCAACCUGUUGAACUUCGACCCUAAGUGUCUAAUCCGGUCUAAUCUACAGUAGGUGUGAAUUACUUCAGUUCUGAGACACUGGGUGUGUGGAUGUCAUGUACACACACAAGUGCACUAAAACAUGCUAUGCUCAUUUUUGUGUACAUAGGAAUGCCCUUUGUAUAGCUGACAUCAGACACGUUUAAAGAUGCAGGUGCACUGUGGGUAAUAGGGUUUUGGGGAGGGGGGUGUUCUAUGGUCCAUCUUGACAAUCAGGGUCCUUGUUAAAUUGUUCUGUAUGAGUAUUUAUCUACAGGUGAGGACUCUGGGACUAGUGGUAUAUGGACUCAUCCAAGUGUGAUUGUGGGUUGGCCUGCUCCAAGUGUGAUUGUGGGUUGGCCUGCUCCAAGUGUGAUUGUGGGUUGGCCUGCUCCAAGUGUGAUUGUGGGUUGGCCUGCUCCAAGUGUGAUUGUGGGUUGGCCUGCUCCAAGUGUGAUUGUGGGUUGGCCUGCUCCAAGUGUGAUUGUGGGUUGGCCUGCUUCAAGUGUGAUUGUGGGUUGGCCUGCUUCAAGUGUGAUUGUGGGUUGGCCUGCUUCAAGUGUGAUUGUGGGUUGGCCUGCUUCAAGUGUGAUUGUGGGUUGGCCUGCUUCAAGUGUGAUUGUGGGUUGGCCUGCUUCAAGUGUGAUUGUGGGUUGGCCUGCUUCAAGUGUGAUUGUGGGUUGGCCUGCUUCAAGUGUGAUUGUGGGUUGGCCUGCUUCAAGUGUGAUUGUGGGUUGGCCUGCUUCAAGUGUGAUUGUGGGUUGGCCUGCUCCAAGUGUGAUUGUGGGUUGGCCUGCUUCAAGUGUGAUUGUGGGUUGGCCUGCUUCAAGUGUGAUUGUGGGUUGGCCUGCUUCAAGUGUGAUUGUGGGUUGGCCUGCUUCAAGUGUGAUUCAAGUGUGAUUGUUCUCAGUCUGUAUAUUGGCUCUGUCGCUCUGAGCUACUGGUGAUCUUUGAGUAGAGGCAUCACAGCUCUGUGCUCUUUCUUUGUGUGUGGGUGUGGGUGGUUUCGUGCGUGUGUGUGUGUGUAUGUGUGCGUGGACUUCAAGUCUUGUUUCAUUGUGGAGAACUGAUAAACUAUCAACAGAUCCUCCUUUCCACCAAUUCUAAUCCGGUUCUCUUUUUAACAUGCAAUGUGUUCUUAAUCUUUUACUGUGCUAUGUAAACCAAGAAACCCCGAAUGUUGACUUUGUAAUGUGACAUGUAUAAAGUGCCAUAGUAAAACCAGAUGAACCAAGUGCUA